GUUGAGUGGAGGUCACAUGUUUCCUGUCUGGAGUGGAGCUCCAGUGUUCUGUUGUGUUCCCCUCCCAUUUACUUCCUGUACAGCUGCUGCUGGACACGACCAGAGCACUAAGAGAUAUCAGGUAUUGAUGUAACUGGAGUGAAUAAGGGAACCUUCUUCCUGAGCACAGACAUUGGAGCCUGUUAUCAGCAUGAAGUCAUAUGUGUUAGACAAACAACUGAAUAGUUCAUAUCCAUCCUUCAUUACAGGAAGCAUCAGUUUAAUACCACAAACUCCAAAAGUCUUAGACACCAAUGACUAUUUACAAACAUUGGGGAAAUCAAAACAGAUAUUUAAAGAAGAUGGUGAAUUGGCAGGAACUGGGCAUCAAUCAUUAUGUACAGAGAGUAAUUUAGUUAUCAAACAAGAGGACAACAUUUAUGCCUUAUCUAGUGAAAUGAUUAUCCCAGAGGAUAAGCCACAAACAUUUACUGAGUUCUCAAAACAUAUUAAAAAAGGUAAAAGUCUGCAGUCUAGCCAAAUGGUUCAUACAAAGGAGAGAUAUUUCACAUCUACAGAAUGUGGGAAAAGCUUCAAAUUGAAGUUGAAUCUCUUAAAACACCAAAAAAUUCACACAGGUGAGAAGCCUCACACAUGUAUAGAGUGCGGCAAAUAUUUCAAACAAAUGUCAAACCUUAUAGCUCAUGAGAUGACCCACACAGGGGAGAAACCAUUCAGUUGUACAGAGUGUGGAGGACAGUUUUCACGAAAAUCCCAUCUCUUAACCCACAAAAGGAUUCACACAGGAGAAAAACCUUUCGUUUGUACAGAAUGUGGGAAAAUGUUUGCAGACAAUUCAUCUUUCAGAAGACACCAACUUAUUCACACCGGGAAAAAACCUUUUACAUGUGCAGAGUGUGGGAAACGUUUUACACGAAAGAGGAGUCUGAAAACUCAUGAAAGAUGUCACACAGGGGCAAAACCUUUUACAUGUGCAGAGUGUGGGAAACGUUUUACACUAAAGAGUAGUCUGAAAACUCAUGAAAGGUGUCACACAGGGGAAAAAAAAUUCAAAUGCACAGAGUGUGGGAAAAGUUUUACACAAAAGGGUAAACUGAAAAAUCAUCAAAUUAUUCACACAGGGGAAAAAAAAUUCAAAUGUACAGAGUGUGGAAAAAGUUUUACACACAAGAGAAAUCUAAAAACUCAUGAAAGGAUUCACACAGGAGAAAAACCUUUCACAUGUAGAGAGUGUGGAAACAGUUUUACACACAUAAUUAGUUUGAAAACUCAUGAAAGGACUCACACAGGAGAAAAUCCGUUCACAUGUACAGAGUGUGGUAAAAGUUUUUCACAAAUGCAGAGUCUAAAAACUCAUGAAAGGAGUCACACAGGGGAAAAGCCUUUCACAUGUACAGAGUGUGGAAAAAGUUUUACUGAAAAAAGUAAACUGAAAAAUCAUCAAAUGAUUCACACAGGGGAAAAGCCUUUCACAUGUACAGAGUGUGGAAAAAGUUUUACACAAAUUGGUAAUCUGAAAAGUCAUGAAAGGAUUCACUCAGGAGAAAAGCCUUUCACAUGUACAGAGUGUGGAAAAAGUUUUACACAAAAUUCAUCUUUCAGAAGACACCAACUUAUUCACACCGGGGAAAAACCUUUUACAUGUGCAGAGUGUGGGAAACGUUUUACACGAAAGAGUAGUCUGAAAACUCAUGAAAGGUGUCACACAGGGGGAAAACCUUUUACAUGUGCAGAGUGUGGGAAACGUUUUACACUAAAGAGUAGUCUGAAAACUCAUGAAAGGUGUCACACAGGGGGAAAACCUUUUACAUGUGCAGAGUGUGGGAAACGUUUUACACUAAAGAGUAGUCUGAAAACUCAUGAAAGGUGUCACACAGGGGAAAAAAAUUUCAAAUGCACAGAGUGUGGGAAAAGUUUUACACAAAAGAGUAAACUGAAAAAUCAUCAAAUGAUUCACACAGGGGAAAAAAAAUUCAAAUGUACAGAGUGUGGAAAAAGUUUUACACAAAAGAGAAAUCUAAAAACUCAUGAAAGGAUUCACACAGGAGAAAAACCUUUCACAUGUAGAGAGUGUGGAAACAGUUUUACACAAAUUAGUAAUCUGAAAACUCAUGAAAGGAUUCACACAGGAGAAAAACCUUUCACAUGUAGAGAGUGUGGAAACAGUUUUACACACAUAAUUAGUCUGAAAACUCAUGAAAGGACUCACACAGGAGAAAAUCCGUUCACAUGUACAGAGUGUGGUAAAAGUUUUUCACAAAUGCAGAGUCUAAAAACUCAUGAAAGGAGUCACACAGGGGAAAAGCCUUUCACAUGUACAGAGUGUGGAAAAAGUUUUACUGAAAAAAGUAAACUGAAAAAUCAUCAAAUGAUUCACACAGGGGAAAAGCCUUUCACAUGUACAGAGUGUGGAAAAAGUUUUACACAAAUUGGUAAUCUGAAAAGUCAUGAAAGGAUUCACUCAGGAGAAAAGCCUUUCACAUGUACAGAGUGUGGAAAAAGUUUUACACAAAUUAGUAAUCUCAAAACUCAUGAAAGGAUUCACAAAUGAAGAAACCUUUCACAUGUUUAGAAACUGGAAAACGGUUUCUAUGCCAGUCAGGUAUCACAAAUCACCAAAUAUUUACACACAAAAGAAACUUUAUAAAACAGUGUAGAAACAUUUUUUUAAAAGUAUCCUGAAGAGGACAAACUCUCUAAAUAAAAGAGUCAAGAAAUGAUCCUAAUGUAAACAAUAGUUUCUAAUUCCCAAUUACAAAAGCCACUACAAUGAUUGACAUCUCAUCUGGGAGAUAUAUUUAAUGUGCACAUCUUGUGGAUAAACCUUUUCUUAUAGCAAUAGAUGCUUAGCAUUUUACAUGUUAUAUACCAGAGGAAUUACUGGGCGGAAACUGAUUUUAUUUAAUGAUACACAAUAUCACUAACACAAACAAAUUGAUUGAUUGAUCAAGCAAUGUAAUGAAAUGAUAGCAGGUUUCAAUCAGAUGACAUCACUUAGGCUGUGGAAGUUUGGGGUUAUAUUUAAAGAUACUACACUCAAAUUUCCCUUAAACUUAACCCAGUGUUUAUGAUUAGACCUCCUGACUAAUCAGAAAAAGAAUUUAUGUAAAAAGGUGUGUUAGGGUUAGCGCUAAAUUA